AUGCAAAGGAAAAAAAGUAGUAAAAAUGAGAAGACUUGAACAAAUUGUUUAGGUGACUUGGUAACUUCAUAGCUCCAAAAAGAGCAGCGUUGCUAAGAUCGGCUGUACAAUCAGAACGCAUUCAUGCAUCAGACAGAAGACAGUGUGUCAUAGGCACACAAAAAAAGGCAGAGAGUAGGGGAAGUCUGACCAAAGUGCUCGACCUCUUCCUGCCUCACGAUCAGCUCAGGAAGUUGAGGCAGAAACAGAGGGGAGGGCUGACACACAGAAACAUAUUUUCCCUUUGCCUUUUAGUUUUUCCUUAUUCAGUCCUGCUCCGAUCAACAGGAGGAAGAAAAAGGGGGGCAGAGAGGAGGCGGGGUUAUAGAUGGAGCUAAGAGAAGCGCAGCAGUCAAACAGUCAAUCUGUGGAAAUAUGAUGGAGGCCAGCGUUGUUUCCCAGGACACAAGCCACACAGGCCCUCUGACAGGAGGACUCGACACUCCAUCCAUCCCCUCAUCUUCUCCGCUGCCUCCACCUUCGCUGCCCUCUCUCCCUCCAGCCCGGCCAUGUCGACCCAAACCACCACCUCCUGCACUGAAGUCCUCCCAGCUCCCCUCUCGGCCUACUUUGCCUCCAUCUGCCCCACCGUCCCUCCCCCCUCCCCUCCCUCCCGUCCCUGCUCCAUCUCCCUCUCAAUCGUCCAACCCUCUCCUCCCAUCUCUUCCUCCCCCUCUCUCUCCUAUUCUGGUCUCUCCUUCCCCACUGCUCUCUCCACAGCCCACCAUCUCCUCUGAUCUGACUCCCUCCUCUCCUCUUCCCCCUCCAUUAUCUCCUUCAGUCUCAUCCUCCUCUUCCUUGCCACUCUCUCCUCCACCUCCCCCUGUGAUCCCCCCAUCCUCACCAGCACCUCCAUUGCUGAGUUCUAUAGAUAAGCUGGUUGGGAGCACCUCUGUGUGGCAGCCCAAAGGACUCAACCAAGACCAAACCACUAGUAUACUGGAGAAAGAGACAGCUGGGGCAUUCCUGGUUCACAGUACAGAGGACAAGACCACAAUGAUAUCAGUACGCCUGCCUGACGAGCACGGAACACAGCUCGUACACAACCUGCUGGUCAAACAUCACAAGACAUUUGUCCACUUAGAUGGUUCCUCUCUGGUUUUUGAUGACAUCGUAAAACUAAUCUCCUUCCACUGUGCUAGCAGGGACAUCCUGUCUGUACCACUGAGGUUACCCCAGGCCAUUACCACGGCAACUAAGAGAGAGGAGCUGGAGGUCAUCUCUGCUAUGGGUGCAGAUUUCUGGUCAUCUGACCUGAACCAUCCAGCUAAGGACCGGGACCUGGUUUUGGAUCAGAGCCACACCACUCAGCCUAGUAUGUACUUGUAUGUCAACCCAGUCAUAGUGGAGGAGAGGCCCGACAAAGACCUGAACACUCCUUCUACCUCCAAACCUGAUGCCACAACCAUUCCAAACAUCACCUCCUCCCUGCAGAAUGGAGAAGCCUCACCCAAAGUCACCCCUCAGGUCAAAGGUCACACCAAAACCACAUCCAACCCGGAGAUUAAGUACAAGCGCCCCCCACCUCGACCCCCCAGCCUGGGCUCGGGGUCCGGGAUGGGCCUCCUCUUCUCCUCUCCCCCCUCAGUGCAAACGUUAUCUUCUGCAACUCCAGAAGCUGAGAAAAAAGAGGAAGGAAGGGGAGGAGUAGGGGAAAGAGAAGAGAGGAAGUCAGUGUCAACAUCACCUCCUCCGUUGAGGCCUCCUGUCCCCCCGCAGAGCCGAGCUGCUCCCCCUCUACCUCCUGCUCCUCUCCGUCGCACCUCUUCCAGGAAAAGCACUGACCGAGAGGUAGGAGAGGGGACGGAGAGAGAGAAGGGACAAAAUCCUGCAAAGAAAACUGAGAGAGAGGGGGGAGGAGAGAGAGGAAAGGAGAAAAUGGGAAGUAAACCAGGUCUGCUGGGUGCCCAAGAGAACAGUAGUCAACAGCAAGAGGAGGAGGUAGACAAGGACGGAGGAAAGAGAAGGAGAGAUGAUGAGAAGGAGGAAAAAGAGGUGAAAAUUGAGAGGGAGGACAAACAAAAAUCUAGCCCCCAGUGCCCGCCGCUGGGAAAGAAACCCUCCCGUCCAGUCCCUCCUCCAAGGACCAAACCUUUUUCCCCAGAGUCACCUGCAGGCGCCAGCCAGGCAGGAGGAGGAUUAGCCAGUCAGAGAAUGCCCCCUCCACCUGCCGCAAGGCGGCCGGAUGUGUCAUUGUACUCACCACAGGGGGGCGCUGUGCUGGCAACGGACCCUGACUCCUGCUCUGCCAGCAGCACAGAGGAGGAGGCUGAGCUGAACCAGGAACAGGAGCAAAACAAUCGCAUUGCAGAGAGCCGCAGUCCCAAAGCAGCAGUGAGGAGAACCCCUACCACCGUAAUGUUGGACCGAGCUCGCUACCGCCUGUCCACCGUCCUCACCGGACUCAUCAGCCAUGACCGCCGCCUCACACAGCGCAUUGUAGAGAUGGCCAGGGACCCUCUGAGCUACUUUGGUAACCUAGUCAAAGAGCACCGUGCUUUCACCUUGGAGACAAUGUCAAACCACCCUUCCUCCACUGAGCUGCUACAGGAGAUCAGACAGAUGAUGACUCAACUGAAGAGUUACCUGCUGCAGAGUACAGAGCUGCAGGCCAUGCUGGAGCCACAACAUCAGUACACACAGGACAAACUGGAGAGCAUUGCAGAAGCUGCUCUGUGUAAGAGUGUACUGAAGCCACUGAGGGAACCGAUCUACCAGUGUCUGGAGAAACUGCACGCCAAUGACAGCAGCCUGAAACAACUGGCACAGAACCAGUCUGUUGUCUUGGGCAGCACCACUACAGCAUUAGGAGUAACCACUGCAGUCCCUGAGGCCUCUGCCAUGGAGAAGAUCAGCAUCAAACUGAACAAUCUCCACCUGGAGUAUUCUCCUCAGAAGAAGAUUGAGAUGCUGCUGAAGGCCUGCAAGAUCAUUUAUGACUCCAUGUCUGUCAGCAGUCCAGGGCGGGCCCAUGGCGCUGAUGACUUCCUGCCUGUAAUGAUGUAUGUCCUGGCUAGAUCCAAUCUGUCUGCCUUGCAGCUGGAUGUUGAAUAUAUGAUGGAGUUGAUGGACCCGUCAUUAACACUAGGAGAAGGUUCCUAUUACCUGACCACCACCUAUGGGGCACUGGAGCACAUUAAGACUUUUGACCAGCAGAGGUCAGCAACACGGCAGCUCAGCAGAGAGGUGCAGGACUCCAUUCACCGCUGGGAGAGAAGACGCACACUCAACCAAGAACGCAUGGCCCAAGGAUCUGUUCGGGACUUCCUGACAGUGUGCUGUCCUGAGAUUGGAGAAAACCCAAAAACAUUGGGUGUCCUACCCACAACAACAAUUGAACAGCUAGCUGAGCAGUGUGCUGCACGCUUCGAGCAAGAGUCCUACAUGCUCAGUGUGUAUAUGGAUGAUGUUCAUCAGCCCAUGGCUCCUACAGAACUGGCCCUCAGUGUCAAGAACAGCUGCCAACCAGGAGCCUACUGCUUCGUCUAUCACCCAAUCGGCAAAUCCAACUUCCAGCCCAGCCGCAGCUGCCCCACUGACCCUCCUCCAGCUCCACCUGCACAAAGCUUCUUCCCAGCUGACAUGGCAGCUGACGGUACUGUAGAGCCAGAGGCGGAAGAGGAGAGCCUGAUUAGCUUGUAACUGCCCUAGCAUCACAGUGGCAGCUUCUGCAUCGCCAUGGUAACUACAUUCCAGUGGCCGACAGCGUUAUUGUGGUGCGCACAUCUACACGGUAGUGAUACAAAAGCAAAAAUUUAAGAAUGUGUUUUAAUCUCAGGUCUCACUUGAAAUGUUGAUCUAAAAAAACACAAACACAAAACAAGUACAACUGAUGUGAACUGCUGCGUGCAGGGUGACAUAAUAUACCUUAUGUGAUGAAGCACAUAAUUUUAUAUGAGCUUAACUGUCUGACUGCUCUGAUGCUACAUGCUACACAUACAACAACAAAAAGCAGUGACUAAUUAAAAGGAGACAAAGAAGACAUAACAGACUUAUUUUGUAUCUAAACAUGGGGUCUGGAACCCCAGGGACUGCAGGAGGAGGUGGUUUUAUAGAAUGUAAAAUACGUGUAUUGCUAACAUACAUAUAUAUAAUCUUGUUUGUAUUGUUUACACUUUAGUAUACUUGAUGCUACUGUCUCUGAUGUUCAAGCUUUCUGCUUCAAACAGUACUGGACCAUAAAAUGACUGUUUUACUUGUUAACAGGAUGAACCUAUAAUUUCUACAUAAAAGUCCACCACAUUUCCAUCCGUUUUACUUUGUGAAAAGCAGAUGCUUGAACACCUUCAAUGGGAAAAAGCCUUUGCAACAGUAUGUAUUUAAAGCACAGGUUUGACAGCAGCUAUAUGGACCAAAAUCCCCAGUAAGCAUCAUGAAGUUUUAUUGCACACUCAUUUUCUAUACUGACCUUUUUGUAAAUAAACACCAUGUUGCAACUUGUU